AUGGCCUUCUUGAAGAACGUGGUCUCGAAAGUCCGCAAAGGGCUCUCGCGCACGCGCGAGAGUUUCGUCGGCUCGCUCCGCUCCGUCCUGCUCGGCCGGAAAGUCGACGAGGCGCUGCUCGCCGAGCUCGAGAAGACGCUCAUCCAGUCCGACGUCGGCGUAAAGCCGACGAUGCGCCUGCUCGAGGGCAUACGAGCCGCGUGGAAAGCGGGGGAGAUCAAGACCGGCGAGGAGGUCCUCGCGUACCUCAAGCGCGAGAUCGCGGCGAUGUGGCCCGACGAGGACCGACGCCUGAACACCGCGGCGAGCGGCCCGACCGUCAUCCUCGUCGCCGGCAUCAACGGCGCGGGCAAGACCACCUCCAUCGCCAAGCUCACACGCCUGCUCCGCGACGGCGGGAGCACGGUCCUGCUCGCGGCGUGCGACACGUUCCGCGCCGGCGCCGUGCGACAGCUCGAGAUCUGGUCCGAGCGGCUGGGCGUCGAGGUGAUCAAGGGGCAGCAGGGGGGCGACCCCGCGGCCGUGGCGUUCGACGCCUGCGACGCGGCGAUCGCGCGCAACGUGGACUACCUCGUGAUCGACACCGCGGGCCGCCUGCACACGCAGGACCCGCUGAUGCGCCAGCUCACGAAAAUCCGGGAUAUCGUCCGCCGCAAGUUCGAGGGCGGCCCGCACGAGGUCAUCCUCGUGCUGGACGCCACAACGGGGCAGAACGCGGUCCGCCAGGCUGAGGAGUUCACGCAGGCGAUCGACGUCUCGGGCAUCUUCCUCGCCAAGCUGGACGGCACGGCCAAGGGCGGCGUGGUCAUCGCCAUCAACGAGGCGGUGGGCGUGCCGGUGAAAUUUAUCGGUCUGGGGGAGACGCCCGAGGACGUCGAGCCGUUCAAUCCCGAGCUGUUCGUCGAGGCGCUGUUCUCCGAGCCCGCUCGGGCCGAAGCGUGA